CAUACUACAACAGGCUAUACAGAGAUGGGAUGUCCCAAAAGGUUUUUAGUUGUGUUUUUAGGGUUUUGCGGACUGUUACUUUCAAUAGGAUAUCGUUCAGUAUUUGCAAUGGUUAUGGUGCAUAUAGUUAAACCAACACAUUCAUCAACAAAUAAUACGAAAUCUGACACCUUAUUCAAACAUUGUAUUCCUCUAAACAGUAGCUGUAACUUAUCUUUGAACUGGACAGUGGACGGAACGUUAUAUCUAAAUACGGCAUAUUUUGUCGGAGGUUUAUUUACGCAAGUACCAGGAGGAAUUCUCGCUACAAGAUUUUCACCAGUAAGAAUAUGUGGUCUAUCAGUGUUGUUAUCCAGUAUAUGCAUGGUUGUGUUACCGGUUUGUAUACAGAACAGUCAAUAUGUUGCAGUACUGGUAGUACGGGCACUGCAGGGCGUUAUAGAAGGGCCAUCUGUACCUGCCAUUAAUGGUGUGAUAUCUGCAUGGGCUCCAAGGUCUGAAAAAUCCAGAAUGAUAACCAUAGCGUAUGCAGGUGCCUAUCUGAGCCCUGCAGUGGCGAUGAUAGUAUCAGGAACAUUGUCUUGUCAUGUUUGUUGGCACGCUGUAUUAUAUCUCUAUGGUGGACUUGGUAUUUUAUGGUCAAUAUUAUUCAUGAUCAUCGUUGUUGAUUCACCAGGAGCUCACCCAAGCCUAUCGAUCAAUGAACGAGCCUUGUACGACAGAGAAGCUUCAGCAGCUCAACGAUCUUCUACAAGAACGGCCAGCGCAAUACCAUGGAAACACAUACUUACAUCUCUACCUAUGUCCGCCAUAUUUGUUGGAAGUUUUUGUAGAAAUUGGAUCUUCUCUAUGCUUUUGACUGAGAUACCCACGUACCUCCAGGAUUCAUUCCAUCAUCUGAGUAUUUUUGAGAUUGGAUUAUUGUCAAGCAUAUCAGAGGUAUGUAUGACAAUUGUUACCGUUACCGGUGGAGUGUUAAUAGAUACACUGAUAAAGUCUGGUCUGAUAAGUACCACAGUAGGGAGAAAGAUGGCACAGUGUUCAGGUUUUGGUAUUGAAGCAGUAUGCAUUAUUUGUCUUGGCUUUAUAACACAGUUGGAAAUUGUUAUGAUAGUUAUGUGUGUUGGUGUAGCCUUCAGUGGGUUGGCUAUUUCAGGAUACCAAGUUAAUCCUUUAGAUCUUUCACCAACGUACGCAAGUGUUCUAACCGGCAUAUCUCGAACAGGUGUAAUAGGAGCUAUACUAAGUACAUUAACAGCAUCGAUUCUUCGUGGUAGACCAGGGAUUCCCUAUGAAAAAACGUGGCACGAAGUGUUCUGGAUAGCUGGUGCCAUACAUCUAGCUGGAGUUUUAUACUAUGGCAUAUUUGCAUCUGGACUAAGACAGUUCUGGGCUGAUGGCCUUUCUGUAGGAAGUGAACGAUUAGUUAAUCCAUCAUCAGACCCAGAGUUUGCUCAAGUAUCAGGUGAUAUGGAACAUGAACACGUGUUAAGUAGAUCAGUAACUUAUGAUUCAAUUCCAAAGGAGGACACAGAAGAGUGUGAUGAUAGUCCUGAUUGGUUCUUGCAGUCUAUGUAGUAUCACAUUUCAAACUUAUUAUUUAUUGUAGUGAUUUUGUUUUGUAAUAAAAAAAAACCCAGCAAAUUGAUAUUUGAAACUCAUAAACAAAUUAUCAUAGUAAUUGCAAAUUUUUAAAGAGUUGAUCGCGUAUAAACUGUUGAAUUUCAAUUCAAUGUAGAAUACACAAAUUCAACAAAAAAAUAUGCGAUAAAGAAACAGAAUUUCCUGUAAAUUGUCUUUCGACUUUAAUAAAAAAUGAUAAUUUAGAACUGUACAUGUAUACUAAUAGCAGGUUCCAAAGUAUGCUGGUUUAACACUGUCCAUUCUUCCUUUAAAUGGAAUUUCCGUCUUUUUAUGGCCCCGAAACGAAGUUACAGAUCAAGUGUAAGUUUUGUUCCGCUUGGCUUAUUUUUGCAGAAAUUACAGGCUUUGGACUUUGAUAAAUUAUUGAAAAUCACAGUUAUACGGACCUUUUUUUCUAAACGCUGUCAGAUAUUGGGAUGAUUUUUGGCAUGUGAGUUAACCAAGAUGAGUUACAGAUCAAGUUUAAGUUUCGUUCAGCUCUAUAAUUUUUGCCAAAAUUAAGGGUUAUAACUUUGAAAAUUGUUGAAAAUCACAGUUAUACAGACUUUUGUUCUAUACACCUCCAGAUUAGGAGCUCAUUUUUGAUAUGUUAGACUACCAUCAUGUUUGUGUCAACAUCUGUUAUUAAAACUGCUGAUUUUUCAACUUUUUGAGAUGGGACCAUUCGUGCCGCUUUGACACGUCUAGUUUUUUUCAGGAACUACAAAUAUUUCUUUUAAGUAAUGGUACUAUUUUUCUGAAAGAUAUUACGCUUCAUAUGAGCAUGUUAUUCCGCAUCAUACGAUUCCACAUCCUUUUAAUCGA